AUGAAUGGUAGAUCAGGGGUGAAGGGAUUAUUUUGGGGGCCCCCAAUUUUUGGGGGCCCUGUGCGCCAAAGCACUAAACUUUUUCCACUUGACUCGCUAUACAUCACCCACGACUACGAGAAGAUAGAUCCGGUGAUCGAUGAUCCGGCGACAGCGUCGACCACCAACAUCUCCGGUCCUUUAGCAAUCGCAUCAUGCGCAGCCAUGGUGCUAUCCUACGUGGCGAUCCUCUAUGCGCCCACUCUCCUCCUCUGCCUCCCUCCUUCGACCUCUCUCGAUAACUUCAUGAUGCGACGCUUCGCCUGCGCCCUUGUAUCCUCCACCACCUCCGCCGCCCUCACUACCUCCAUCAUCGGAGUAAGUUCUUUGGUGUUUCCUCUCUUGCUGACGUUGUUGGUGUAUUCUGGAUCCUUGGCGUUGGAGUUUUGGUUGGUGAUUAGCGGACGGAGAGGUUUGAAGAGUUUUGGGGAGUGGGUGUAUGGAAUGCUAUAUAAUGUGAUGGCUUGGCGUAAUUAUGUUGUGGCACCAUUCACAGAUGAACUGGUCUUUCGAGCAUGUAUGAUUCCUCUACUUCUUUGCAGUGGAUUUAAUAGAUACAACAUCAUAUUUCUUAGCCCAGUCUUCUUCAGCUUAGCACACUUGAACCAUUUUCUAGAGCUUUGUUGUCAACAGAAGUAUCCUUUUUCGGAAGUUCUCCUUAUUAGGCAGUUGUGGGGAAUCGAGGAUAAGCCUGAACAACAUUGAAGACAACACCAAAGUGAAUGGAAAGGAGGCUACUACUCUUUAUAAGUUCUUGAAAUCAAAGAAAGGAGGUUCUUUAGGUGAUGACAUUAAGUGGAAUUUCACUAAGUUCUUUGUGGACAAAGAUGAAAAAGUCGUGAAAAUAUAUACACCGACAACCUCACCUUUGAAAAUAGAGGGUUUGUAGGAAUUUAAGUGCCUUAUUUGAGGAACUAUAUUGCCAGUAAUGCGAGUAUGUGAUCUUAUGUAUGCAUAAAAGGAUGUUUCUUCCAGAAAACUUGUAUAUUGCUGAAAAUUCAUUAACUUCUUGUUAUAUGUAAGAAAUAUUAUUUAUUUUUAAUUAUUGGCUUUCAACAAUAAAGCUAUAUUUGCAAGCUAUCAUGUUGACUCUUUUUUA